AUGUCCUACUACGAUGUCGACGCGAUCCUUACAGACUCGCAGAAAGUGCCCUGUACCUUUGAGCUGGAUGUUCCAAAACUCGGCUUCCUCGAUGGAAACGCAGGAGGAGAUAUGAAAGCUGGCUCCAAAGUCGAGCUCCCCCUAUGGCUAGGCGAGAUGCUUGCAGUCGGUGCCCGUCAAGGAUCUUCCCCCCUGGUGACGCUGGAUCUACCCAAAGCGCUCUCCGACCAGGUCAUGAACGCGCUCAAGGCAGAUCCCAGGUCCGUGGACCUUCGAUCUCUGGCUCCGCACUUCUACCGACUGGGCUGGAGGAUCCUGCAGCUCUUCGAAGAGGAGGAGAUGGCAGACGUGCUUUCUCAUACGUUCAAGACCCGGGCGAUGCAGAUAUCGGACCAUGCCCACAACCCAGCUGGGCCGAUGGGUUCGGGGCAGGAGUUCCUUCGUGGCCUGGACGAGACGGAGCGUCAAUUAUUCCGAGCGGCGCACGAGAGCGUCAAGGCCAUGCGUGCCUGGACGGGCGAGGGCAAGAAGUGA